GACUAUAUAAGGCGGCAGAUAUAAUCUUCAGACAUCCAGCAAAGGCAAGAAAAGUGAGAAAAUGUAUAGAUGGAUAGUGUUAUUGUUUAUUGUGUUGAGUGCCAGUAUGUUUGAAGCAUCCAAGGUAUCAGAAAAUGUGUUGAAAGAUAAAAAAGGCGAAGAAUAUGACGUAAUUGAUGUUCAAAUUGGAAAAACGGAUAUUGCAAUAAUUCAGAAAGAUGGUGUUGUACUGGCAGAUGAAAUUACCAGUGAAGACAAAGAGUAUGCAAUCAUCAAGUAUAACGGAACCUGCAAUGUGCAGUUUGAUGAGGUACAUGACACCCAAGAUGCUGAGACAUGCUAUGAAGCGUUUGAGGAUAACGCAAGCAUCCCAGAUCACACCAAAGCAGAAAUCAAGGAAGAAUGUGGAGCUUUAGAUAUUGCUUAUGUUAAGGCUGUUGAUUGUACCACAGAACAAGGCAUCCAAAAAAGAUCAUGUGGUUAUUAUUGGUACGUUGGUCGAUGUUGCAACGGGAGGGGAUGGUGGAGCAAAAGAUGUUAUAUCUGUUGGUACCAUGUCUAUUGCUGCUAUUGGCCGUGGUUUGGAAAAAAGUAAUGCUGCUUCAAACAUUCAGUACUUUUGCCUUAUCUCAACUACUACUGUUUAUAUCAGGAUUAUUUAAACAAUUCUGUAUGGCUAACCAUUAUAUAUUUGAUAAUGUUUUUGCUAGUGACUCUCUGAAAUGUUUGGUGUUAUAACGAAAAAUCAAAAUGUCUUUUAAUCUUCAAAUUUAUAGCAAUUUAAAUCAUUCUCAAGAAAAGUGAAAUAACAAAAAUACCGAACUCCGUGGAAAAUUGGAAACGAAUUGUCUAAUCAAAUGAGGUAGAAAAUGGCAGAUUAACCCUUUUUCAUAGCUAGUGAAACCUCUCCCUUGUUGGACGAAUGUUUAGUUGAAACUUUAAUUGUUACCUUUUAUCAAUAAAUAUAAAAAAAUCUUAA